GCAUGCAUGCAUGCAGACCGAGCGACGAGGGCAACACGUCGCCCCAUCUCGCAUCCUACCGCGAUAACAACGCUCCACGUGUCCGUCCCGCGUUCCAAACAACCGCAUCCUACGCCCACGCCCUACAAUCCCAACGCUACGCCGCGUGCAGCUCCCAUCAAACCCCCACUACCGCCGUCCUCGAAGGACGAGCCCCUCACCCACACUCGCAGCUCUCGGCGUUGAGUAGGCAACGGCUGCCUCUUGCAGCUGAUACAAGAU